AUGUCCUCUAUACACUACUAUCUUUUGACAGUGCUGCUCACCAUUCACUAUGGGAGCACUGAGGGGCCUCCUGAAGGUCCUAUAAUCAUGAAACUGCAUCUGGAGCUGGUGUCAGAUUGGUGGAAACUUAAGAAGAGACCAGCAUCAUUGACAUUUCUGAUAAUCUUCAAGUCAGAGUUUUGGGCUGAGAGAUGGUUAUCGCAACACGGGAGUGCAGUUUUUGUGUUUAAUAGAAGACAGCCCAUGGUGCUUAGUCACGGAUACACCGCUCCACUGUGUCCACUGCACUUUGUUAAUCCUGAUUCUACCUUCAUCAAGUUUAAUACACUGGUGGAAAAAGACAAUAUCUCCUGGGAAAACAAUCUAAAGACAUUGUAA